GGAGGAAACGCUGCCAGCACUGAUGUGUGCACCGCUGCAGACCUGACUGUCCUUUUGCAUGUUUUCUCUUCCAUCCAGGACCCCCAUAUGAAGUGCUCUGUAUCUGCCAGUUUGUGUGUUUAAAGAGUUAACCAUCCAAGUGUCACUUUGCUCGCUGCUCCUCGUCUGCGUGGGCGCGAGGAAAAAACUCUUCUACACCUCCAAGAUGCACCUGAAUAGGUGAGAGGGGGCUUUGUAUCUACAGAGAGAGAGAGACAAAAAAAAAAAGCCCCCCCACGCUUUUUCAAAAGAGCGCGUCUUUCUCUCCGGGUGUGUUCACUCCUUUUUGGCAGAGCUCCCUCCGAUGCAAUUAACCCAGGAAGAAGACUUUGUCACGGGGGACUCAACGCCGACCACCGCCGCUCCACAGUCCGACGGCAGCGCCGGAUCUCCGGCCAAAAUGUGCAGUGAAUGUUACGUGAACCAGUCAUUCGUGAACGAUGACGGGACUGUGAACGCGAACCACAAACCACGGUAAGAAGGGACAGCGGGGAACAAGUAAGGAGGCAAACUUUACAUAUUAUUUAUGAGGAUAAAAGAGGAAUAAGUUAGUAGAUUUUGUCAUUACUUCUCAUAUUUCUUCAAGUUGGCUUGUGGUAUGUUUUUAGAGGAGGGUUUUGUUUGAUAAAAGUUUAAAAUGUUCACAUUUAUUUCACAUUUUCUGUUCAGUUCAGCGGUUUUUAUUGUAAAAAUGCUAUUUUUAUGUGAAAGCCAUCAGUUGUUUUCCUCAGGUUCUCUGGUCUGUGCUCAGCUCUCUAUGUACCUCAGUUUCGUCCUUGAAAACUUGCAAUUUAUCCACAAAAAUACAGUUUGAUUACUGAAGCAACCUUGAGUUAUUUAAUUGGGUUGGCCAGGCUGCUUUCUUAAGGGCACUUUUCCACAUUUUGAUAUAAAAUGUAGAGAAAUAAAACAUGUUAACUAUUUCUUUUAAAUGAAAAUCAUUCUCACAAGCUUGUUAAGCCAUCUUUCCUGUGCACAGAGACUCCCUAAAGACUCUCCAAAGAUCUCAGAUCUGUUUUUUUGCCUUUAGCUCUGUUUGGUUAUCUUUGGUUGAUCAAUUUCAUGGAGCCUCAUGGGAAAUAUAACCUUCAUCUAUAAUACAGCAAGUUUGACAAGUGUAAUGGAGGACCAUGGCAAACAGAGAGACGUAGUGAUGGAAAGAUGGAUAAAUAAAGAAGAUGAAGGGUUUUCAUCACACUUUGACUUACCCUGUGAAAAGGCUUCAGGAGGAAUUCAAAAUGAGAAGAUGCUGAGAUACAGCACCCAACAUCUAAUUAUACUCCACUUAUCGUUUGCCUAUUACUCAGACAGUGAUUAUAAGAAAAGGGGCUGGACCAGGUGACUCAACAUCUGCAGCGCUGAAAGUUGUGCCUUUCUUCUGACCAACCAGAUCUGGAUAUUGAUUUGAAAAGUUUGGAGUCUAUAAUUAGGAAAUAAUUUUAUAUGAAACAGUGCCGCAUAAUACUUCUCAAUACCAAACAGUAUGAUAUGCUUUGAUAAUUGUUGGAUAAGUACCCAGAUGCUUCAAAAUCCUGUUUUACUCAAACUGAUGUUGCACCAUCACCCCUCUGUGACUUUCAUUUGAAUGGCAAUACCUUACAAAAGUGUAAAUAUUGCACAUUGAUCUGGCAAUACAGAAAUGUUCUUGUGCCUUCGAAGAACAACGAGACUUUGAAUUAUGAGUAUUACUUUAGCCAGGUAUUCUGAAUACAGUAAAUUGACUUUAGUGUUAUCCUGAAUUGUUUGAACCUAAUCCAAAUCACACAACAGACUCUUAGACUGCUGUGCAGGCAAAAUAAAACAUGAAUAAAUUUACAUAAUACAUGGUAGCUGCUCAUAAACAAAGUAUAAAAAUGUCUGCACUUCUUGGGAACAGUCCAGUUUCUGCUAGAGCUCAUGUGAGAAUCUCAAAGCUUGUAUUGAUUUUGGCGCCCCCUCUGGUUAAAGUAGCAUCUCCUAUGUCUUUGCUAAGUUUAAGUGGUACACGUGUAAGUAUGGAGCCCUUAAACUUGCCUUUUUGUGAGGCAUCACAAUUCAAAAUAGUCUGAAUCCACCGGUUUGGCCUUUAACAGUAUUACAGUUUAUGUUUAGUAUGGGAAAUCUUAAUCUUUGCUGUAAGUCAAAGUCAUAACUGCCAGAUGACGAAUGCAGUGGGGCUAAAUGCGUUUUCUAAGUUUCUUUGAGAUGUAGUGGGGUAGGUUUAUGAUAAUAUAAAAAUGAAAAUACAAGUGCUUCAAAGAUGAAGACAUUCACAGUAAAAAGUCAGCUGAAUAUCCUUGAACAUGAAUUUACAAAGUAAGUGAGUCAAAAGAGAAUUAGUUGUGCGUUGUUUUGAUGAUUUGUAAACCCUUGCAGACAUUUUUAAAGCAGGAAUAUUAAACACAGGUUGUUCCAGCUUUCCAAAUUUUAAGACUUAUGGCUUUGAUUACCUUUAAUUGAGCACAACUUUGCACCUACAGCAGGCAGACCGUAACCCGCUCAAUAUAGGUGCAGUUAGUUUACAUUGUGCUGUAGAUGAACACACAGCUCGUCAUGAUCUCUAUUGUCUGUGGGACUCCAGGGUGCUGUUUGAUCAGCUCAUAUUACAGAACAAGCAAAAGAGAUUAAUUACAUGGUAGUCAGCAAGCACAGUAUGAAUUUUCUGAAAUACCCUUUACUUGUUUUUAAUCAUCUUUUUUCCCUUUUUUCCCCCCAAACUUUAUAUCCCCUUUAUAGCCCACCAUCUACACUAUUUCCUCCUAUGAUUCCUCUCCUUGCAUCCUCUCCUCUCCCACUCUUAGAACCUCUCAAGAAUUACCUGUCCUUUAAACUCCUUUCACCUCCUUCCUCCUAUUUACUUCCUUUCGUUUCCUUUCUGUUUCUUUACCGUCCUCCUCUCCCUUCUCCAGCUCCUCUCAAGCCCCGCUCCAGACCAACGUCAAAAGUAGUAGCAGCAGUGGCAGCAGCAGCGGGGUUAUCUUAGACAUCUCCACUCUGAAGAUGGAGCAGCAGGAGAGCGAGGUGCCUCCUCUGCCACCCCGCUUCCGCUUCAGAGACCUGCUGCUGGGAGACCAAAACUUCCAGAACGACGACAGGUAGGCAUUUUAGGAGACAGAGAGAGGAACGCUAAAUCACAGGAAUGGGUUCAGACCACCAUCUGCAUAUAACAUCUUUGAUGUGAUGAUCCUUGUCCAGAGUCGAUUUGCCAUAUAAGACCUGAAGUCCUUGUACAUGAACUGAAACACUCCUCCAAUGUUGCCAACAACAUUUUAAGUAUUUUACUGUUGUCAAUUUAAAUGUGAAGCUAACUUAAGUGUAACUAUUUUAAAGAUCCUAUAACAAAGUUUUAGUUUGUGUCGAUAUUGGUGCCCCCUGUGGUCAGAGCAGUCUUUGCUGAUUUUGUCCUGUAGGCCUACGUGUGAAAGCUUUGAGCUUUUUAUCUUCUCCAUCCAUUAUUCAGCUAGUCAACUAUUUAGCUACCGACUUAAAACUAUUAGCUAACCAAGUAAACAAUAGCGCACUGAUGAUAAUUGUUAGUUAUCCAUCACUUUUGGCGAACUUUUUGCUAAUUUUUUUUUAUCGGCUCUUAAAGAAAUGUAGUCUCAACUUCAGGCUGUGUCCUACUCUGGGGACUGCAGCCUUGAAAGGUCCAGGCUUUUAUGGCCUAGAACAGCUGUACUGAACUGAGUUGAUCUACCCUCCAAAGGUUUAUGCACUUGGGUCACCAGUCGUCCUUGCCCUUAUGCUGGCAUUACAUACCGCCAUAUUUAUCGCUUAUAAGGCAUGGCUACCGGGCUGAACACAUCUGUCUUUUAUGAGAUUUGUACAGCUUGCUAUUGUCCACCAUCUCGUUUGAAUUGAUGAGCAAGAAUCAUGGAUAUAUGGGGAAAGUAACACACACAUUUAGAGGACCCUUAAACAUCUUUGAUGCUCUUCUGCAACACAUUCGGUCUCACGCGGUCCUGAAAGGCUCAGGCCCCUGGAUCUGGACAAAGCUUUGGACUCUAUUCAACCCAGAUUUUGUCUCAGUGACGCCCUCCGUUGGUUUCCAAAGAAGGCUUUUGAAGCCAAACAAUGACAGUGUCCAUGUUAGAAAUGCUGACUCAACCUAACUUUUGGUCAACACAGAAACAGAGAAGCCUUCUGGCAAACAGCCACACUGCCCCUGCUUGUUGGUCAACUUCGCUGCGCCCACUGGAAUGCAAAUUCACGCAGGACUCUUUAGUCUGAAUAUCUUCAACAUGAAUGAGAUAUAGAAGGAAUUCACCUCCUGCUCGGUGUCUAUGAAUAAAGAAAUGAGCGAUUGAGACCAGGGUGUACUCUUCAUGGGGCUUUAACAUGUGGCUUUGUGAGGAUUUUCCCAUUUCUGCAGCCAGUUACUUGAGGAACUGCAGUUUUUUGCACUCCUGCAUUGGUUUCAUGUGUCACCACUGGCCCUUGACUCUAAAUUGGACAUAAACAAUAUGGUCAAAUGACACAAGUUAAUCAGUCUGACAAAAACAGCCACAAACAAACUGUAUAUAAAAGUGUACAAAUAUCUCAUAUACCUCGACCUUUGUUGCUCGUCUUGUUUCACAUUAACCAUCAGUCGUAGUAGCUGAUUGCACACCACCAAUACAGCUCACAAAUACCCACAACGCAUCCAUCCCUGUUUGGUUGACCUUUGCAGUAAUGUUGCCGCUAUUUAAAGUUGCACCACAGUGAUUGUGCAUGGACCUUUUACCUUGUUUACUGCCUACAGUGUUAGCAAACACAACAGUACAUAAAAGGCAGUCUGAAUUGCUCUCUGACAAUGUGUCAUCGAUGUUUAAGUGCUUUAGAUUUUGCCUUGACAGAGGAAAUGAAGGAACACAGCAGAGUGUGGGUGCUGUCCAUGGUGCUGAAAAACAACAGACUGAAUUACGUUUUUUUUUUUAGUGCAAAUAACAAAGUAGGCUUGGUUUUUGUUUUUUAUUCACAGCAGACACUCAAAACCUGUAGUGUCGGGAGCACAUUAAGACCUAAUUCAGAGACAGAAUGUAAAAUGAGCUCUCACAAUCAGGCCCUUUUGUUAAACCCUCCUCAUUAACAGUUGUUUCCUUUUUGCGCACUGCUACUUAAAACAAGAUCAGCAGCAGUUAUCUGUUUUUCUCCGAGCUGCUUCAUCUGUUUUUAUCCUGUGAUUCAAAACACAGAGGCAACAGAGAUUCAGAUCCAUCUGCUUUUGAAGUCCAAAACAAAGAGUCAAAAAAAAGGUUUAGAAAUUUGUGUCCCCUUUCCUGUUAUUUCAGAGAGAGAUGAAUCCAACAAUCCUGUGCGGUUAGUUAUGUGCUCGUGUCUGCAUAUCCUACAGAUAUUUAUUCAGUUUUAUAAUCAAGGAUUCUGCCAGAUGGACCUCAGGAGAGUGAUGAUCAAAUGUAAUUUUAGAUGUGAUUACAGCUGCAGCAUCAAACCUUCGAGACCGCAGUGCUGUUUGUAAUACUUGACAUAUCUAUUUGACGCUGAAAAACAACACUCUCUGCCAGUGCUUUCACUCUAAUGUAACCUUUUCCCAGCUGUCCUUGCAACCACCACUCUUUUUUUUUCUCUUCAAUAAAGCCGUCUACAGUUUCAGCGCCUGCUUAGAGACUUGUUACUAUUUUUCUGUUUGUUCCCUGCAGGUAAGCCUUUCCUCUGAGUUGAUAGACAGCGUGUUUGCUCCUGCAGGAAAGCGAUGUUGCACGUUAGGUUUUUGGUGGUCAGAUUAAUAAGCCAGGUUUAGUAAAAAUGUGAGAACUCACAAAUGUCGCAUGUCACAUUAAUCACUGAAAAAAACAGAAUGCUCAUGUGAAGUGUCCCACUCACAAACAUGCCCUUUUUCUCCCCUCAGAUUUACCCGUAUUUUAACAUACUUGUUGCAGUUUCAGUCAAUGUUUUCAAUGUUUACCACUCAAAAUGUAAGUGUCCUUGUUUUUACCAACUAAAUUAUCGUGCUUUUUUUUGUGAUUUUCCAAGCAGUGAGUCAAAAUCAUAAUAUUUAUACACCACAUGCAAAUUUACUCACAAUACAGAUGAUUUACAGAUGAUUUAAAGCUGACAAAAACAGAUUUUAAUGAUGUAAGUAUAGUGUUAAAAAUAAAUGUAAACACUAUAUUCGAUUGAAAACAGCACAAAGACAACAUAUCAGAUUUUAAAACCAUACACUGUAGAUACUAUGGACAACUUGGUCCUGCCUUCCACCAGUAUACAGAUUUGAAGCCGAAAAGCUCUCAGUAUUUCUGCGUUUUUUCUCCACUUCCUGAAACCAACAUUGUGCAGUAGCAUUGUGCGCAUUCGGCGGGUGAGUCGCCAAGAGUCGCUGUGAUGACGCUUGGCUCAAGAGCUACAAGCUACGCAAUCCCUGAACGCCCAUAGGCUGUAUCAGGUGUCAAUCAUAGAAAACAUGAACCCCCUAAUAACUUUUAAAAACGGAGCUGCACAGAAAAAAGAGAACUUGAGCACAAACCAGUCUUACUGUAACUACAUGUCAACAUUGCAAGCAGGUGGGAGAAAAAAUUUGUAUUCUUUGUAAUUAUUUCUAAAGUUUGUCCACAGCCCCAGAAGGAUGGCUGGCGGAGGCGGGAUUUAUGACCUGUACUGCAGCCCGUCACCAGAGGGUGCUGUUUUCACGGUGGCUUCACCCAGCGAGGAGGCAGAUGCUGUCCAUUCUAUAUACAGUCUAUGGUUAAAACUAUGUUUGAUCAUUCUCAUCAAACAACGUACCACUCCAAAAGUUGUCAAAUGCAAAAAAAAAACUAGACCGAACAUUUUUUAUUUAAAGCUACUCUAAGAAUUUUUUGGGAGUUUAUGAAAUAGACUGAAAUUCAUAUUAAUACCUUUCCCAUGAUAUCCCAUAUAUAUAGAAGUGAAAAAAGCUUCAAAUCAUUGCUGGAUGGUUGUGAUCCUUGGGCCCCCAUGCCACACUGCAUUAAAAACAGACAUGACUCUGUAGUGGAAGUUACCACAUGGGCUUAAAUCAAUCCCAAAAACUGUUGUCUGCCCAUUAAUUCCAAUGCCAAUACAACACCACUCAUCGUUAAUACAAGGAUAUUAGAUACAAAAAAAACGACUGCAGUAGAUUAAAAGCAUCUUUCCGAGCUGCACUCUGUGAUAUAGGUAAACAAUGGGUGAGCCCAAAUGUCUCAUAUUUUACAGGUAAGAUUUAUGGCUGAAGCUGUGAGCUCUUUGAGCUCCCAGGUGAUGGAACACUCAGUGGGGUUUUAUCACCUGCGUGGGUAAAAAGGGGGUCAAGUGGAGUGUCCUGUUCCGGUAUUUUCUCUGACUCAUGGAGGAGGUCAUCUAUAAAUGACUACUUCAGACUCUUUCAAAUUAAGAGACAACAAAAAAGGUGGGUAGGGAAAAGAGAGCGAGUGAGACAGGGAGGGAGAGAGAGAGAGAGAAAGAGCAGAGCCUCCUACAUUGUUGAUUUUCUUUUCAUCUGUAAUUUUCUAGUCAAAUCCAAAAGGACAAAGAAAAUGUGAAAAACAUUGAACUUUCUCCCACUGUUGUCUGUCAGCUAUGGUGUUUGAAACUCUAAAGAGCUGUGGAGGAAAAGGGUUUCUCUGAACAGAAAAUAAACCUAAAUAACAGAUAGAUGCCUGCUUUGGGGCUUGAAGUCAUUUUGGUCUUGAGAUGAUGCGUUUGUGGCCCCUCUGGAAAAUUGGGAAAUGGACAAUACAACAUCUGAUGAUGGAUGUCGAUGAAGAAUAAGAAAGCAGUGUUUGUAUGCAUCGCAUUUAUGGGACCAUUCCUCUGCUGUGUCAAUGGGAAUGCUAACAGCUUUGACAGAAGCUGCAGCUCUGCUUGUUACAUGGUUAUCCUCUUUCAGACAACGUUGCUGUGGCAACAGGCCCGCGCACGAGAGCCACAGAGAGAUUGAAUGUAGCCUAUUUCUAAAAAUAUUCCCAUAUGCACUUCUUAUCUCGCAAAGAUAAAUAAUUAAUUUAAAAAAAAUCCUUUCCGUUGAUUCGAUUUGAGGGUAUUAUUGUUGGCAUGGGUGGAUUUUGAUUUUUUUCUUCAAAGUUAGAUAAAACAGUUGAUCUUCCGUGUGAAAAAAAGAAAACAAAACAGGGCAGUGCCUCGUUAUUUAGAGCUGUGGGGAGGCGCACUGGGCACGGAGCUUUUCACUGUAAGAAUAAGGACGGAGAGCACGACGCAGCCACAAGUGUCAAUGGAUCCGAGGAUCGUCAUCCCCACCUGGGUGAAUCCGUCCGUGAACACAUGGAGGUCGGACCCUUUUGGUGGUGACGCAGGGCAGAGGUAGGACCGACAAGGGACAAGUGAUAAUGUCUGAGCUGUCAAUGCAGACAGAGGUAAUCUAGCCAACCAGUUAGUGACAAGUUUAUAUAAUAUCACAAUUUUACGUCUUGGCGGCGUUAAACUGUCGUCUGUCACCAGGCUACAUUUACAGGUGAGCCAAAGAGGUGAGCUCGCGCUGUCAAAUUUGUUUCACGCGCUCAAAUCUGUGGACGCGCGAAGAAAUACCUUCUGCCUACGUGCUUGUUUAUGAAAUUGUUUGGCAUUAUAAUAGCCCCAAACUCUGUCUUUUAGCUUAUUUUGUCUCAUUAAUACACCACUGUAAGCUUCAAACUCGAAAAUUCGUGAUUGACUUUACUGAACAGGCUAUUUUUAGAUAUAUAUCUUUAUUAAGGGUGUCAAGUUUGUCAUUAAAGCCAAACGGACGUAAAGCAACGACCUAUAAUGCUACCACUAUUUGAAAUCAAAGGUUGCAUCAAAAUAGGCGAACUUAAUUAAAAUUUAAAUGCAAAUUGUUAUAAACCAGCUGUCAAAAACCAAAAGAUAUUAAAAUUCAUAUUAUGGAAAUGAAGCAAAAAACAGAAAAUAGCUGCUGUCUUCAUUUUAAAAAAGCUCAUUUUGUGUUUGUUAACACUUUUCAGUGCAUGUUAACAAUCUAUAGAUUUUUUUUUCUGUUUUUUAUGUUUUUUUUUUACACCAGUGUCUCUAUUUGGAAACCAAAUAAAGACACUUGAAGUUGCUUACUUCAUGACCUUGACUGUAACUUUAUUCAUCAAAUAAAUGCUGCACUGCUGCCACUAUGAUACAAACCAUAACCUUAAAAGUAGAAAAUAACUUCAGUUUUACUAUUUCUGUAACAUGCACUGUUUAUUUUGUAUUCAUUUUUAUAAGAUAUUACUGUUACAUGUGGAGAAAUAUUUAGGAGUGCAUGCACAACCAACCUACUAUGAUAUGGUGUGUGUUUAUUCCAAGAUCAUUUUGAUUACUCCCUGACGUCCAGUGAUUCCUGAGUAAUGCAACAGCAUUUGCACUUGUCAGGUGUUCUGGUUUGGUUGCUUUCUCUGUUUCAGACAGGUCCCGUAUGCUUGAAUCUACUAUUUCCUGCAAUAGUACGGCAAAAAAACUCAUCACAACAUAUCAACACGAGGAUGUCCCUUAGAUCUUAGUCACAGGUUUGUUGGGGAUUGGCGCACUUAAAAAUAGCGCUCUGCAGGGGUUUGUGAUGUAGCUCCCCACCCAAGUUAUUUAGUGAUAUUCUAAUUGAGUUUGAUACAAAAGAAGUUAAACGAAACCGAAGCCCAGUGGCGUUGUUACGUUGGUAGUAGCUAUGGAGUGCGGCAAGGGUUGAAAAACUGCACAUAAUUUCAAAAGACAUACAAAUUUUGGACUUUCACUGACUGUCUAAGGGUAAGAAAAGCAGCAAAAACUGGAUUUGAUGUUUCAAAAACAUUUUCUGACCACACUCCAUCUUCCCGCCUUUAUGCAGACUUACUGCAUUCAAAUCAGCAGGUUUCUCUCGUAGUUAUGAACACCUCAGGCUGAAUUUAUCAGAUAUUACCCGUCUGUUUCAGAGCUGCAGAAUGAUUCCACUCGCAGAACUUUCUCUGCCGCAAUUAGUUUUUAAAAAGAUCUGAUUACUCCCGGAGCCGAGCGUCUUAUUGCCAGAAACUCGAUGUGACACAGCAGUAUGACUAAUGUCAGACCACUUCAGCUGGUAAUUGUGUGCUCAACAGGAGCUGAUUAUGGGCCAUUACUUGCACCGCAACGUGUGUGCAUGAGUGUGGAUGUGGGUGGGUUAAGGGGGUUAGACCGACAGACAGAGAACAAGCUGUAGGACCCUCAACAUGUGACAUAUCCCUGCUCUGCUGGUGGACGCAUGUGACAGCUGUUUAGAUCUCAUCACCGAGGAUCCCUCUGAAGGGUUCCCCUCUCUUCUGUGUGUUUUUUUUUUUUUUUGUACCAGCCGAUCUGCAAUAGCUGCUCAGCACAGUCGCUCCAUCACAACUACCCACACUGUUUUUUCCUUCCCACUGUGAUCAUUUCAGCCACGAUCACAAACUCUGAGUUUCUGCUGCGGCUUUCAGCCUUCCUCAGAUUCCUCCAACCCAUUUUGUGCUUGCUUUUCAUUUUUCUCUGUUUGUUUUUUUCUGCUCUUUCUCCUGAAGGCAGCGCUGUGAAGAUUAUGCCUUAACAGUGUAAAGAUUUCCCAGUGUGUUGCCAAGUUACCUGCUGUAUAAGUUGUUUAUUUUCUCGCCCUUUGUGCUUUGCUUUAUCUGAUAAACGCCACAUUUACUAAUGUACAGUAGCCCAAGAUAAACAUGCAUCCAUACAUUUAAUUCAGUCCCAUGAUAACUAGCUAAUAUCACUUGUUUGUUUGAGAUCUUAACUCAAGUUCAGAUGAUCAUUACUUGUAUCCCAAGAGUUGCAAAAGCACCAAGCAGAGAUAGAAAAGGCUUAAAUGACCUCAUUAGUGCAGGCAGUAGCACCGUGGCCCACCACAGCAACAGGACUGUAGUUUUAUUUUUCAGAUCACCAGAAAAUCAUACUGGUACCACAAGAAAACAAGCUUAAAUAUCUCAAAAAAAUGAGCUAAACAGAAAUGGAGCUUUAAUGUAAAUAUUUUUGUAGUUGAAAAAAAAAACAGUCAAAUAAAACUGCAUAAAUUAACUUUGAAGUUUUUUUCAUGCUUGAGAAAUACACAGAAACUCAUUUUGAUAUAUUAUUAUGAUAUCCUUAAGCAGACAAGACCAUCAGUGAAAAGACUGAUAAUCUUAUCUUAUUGUUAUUCAUAAUGUAUGAAACUGAGGCAAGGGGUUAUUGUCAGCGGAGCAGCUUAAUGACAGCCCUGUUUUUGUAACUUUCAUGAAAAUAUCUACAAUAAAUGACACAUUUGACCUUUAAAAGUCAGCAGGAUGAGAAAUUUUGUCAAAUGUCACUAUUCAAGCAAGUAUAGGACAACAUAAUCAAUGACUUCUUUGGCCACAGGGGGCAACAUAACCAUCAAACUGAAAGUUUUCCACAGGAGUUUAAAAGGGACCAUGUCCAUAAACAACACCCUAACUGAAAUGACAAUAUACCUGAGCUAGCCCAACAACUACUUUGCAGCCACUUAGUCGGAUGUUUAGCAUCAUAAAAAUUAGAUGAUGUGUUUACUGAAACUGUCCUUAUUAGAAUAUUAAUUAUUGGUAUUAUGCUAAAAAUAAGCAAUCGCUUAUAGCGUGAGUUCAUUGUUGAGCUCAUGUAUGCCGGUUGUUCCAUAAACUUUCAAUAAAUCCCAAAGAAAUGCUGAAGGUCUUGACUCUUCAGGUUACUGAUAAAUUGAACAUUUAUACUCUUUCAGCUGUUUUCAUUCAGUUCUGGUAAUUACAGCCUACUGGAGGUCGCUUAUACUUCAAAAUAAAAGCCUAUUUUUUAAUCCUGGAAAUAAAGCAACACAAACACCAGACAGUGGGAAAAAAAUCAAAUUAAAAGUGUGCCAAACAAUUGUUUCAUAGUCAAUGUGUCGUCCAAAGCGAUGUCAUACAUUUGAAUGUAAUAAAAAAUAGAUAAUGACAUUUAAGUUAAUUGUGUUUAUCGGUCAAAUUUAUGAACAGCUAAUAUUUAUGAACAUCUGUUGCUCCACUUUUGUCUUACCUGUCUCCAAUUUUCUUUAAGUUGAAAAGAUAAUAUUGUUAUUGUGAUCUUUUAUGGCCAAUGAAAAUCAUUAGGUGAGAAUUUGAUAGCCCUGAUCAGCCUAGUUCAACAUUUCAGAGUAAUAAUAUAGAUAUAUAGCUAUUACACUCUUCCAUUAGUAUAUUUAAAGAUUUAAUUGGUCUUUCUCAGCUGUAUAUAAAUAAAAGCACCAAACCCCCAUUCAUUUAUUUACUUUUAUAACCUUUUUCUCUUUACACAGUACAGUACUGUAAUUAAACUCCCUUUUUUUAUUUCUAGUGAUGGUUAAAUUCAUUUUUCAUGUUGUCACAACUGCUCUUUGGGGACUUUUCUUCUUUCAGUUUAAGCUGCCUGUCCCACAUUUACCCUGCCCGGUAACUGGAAACACAUUUAGAGACAUAAUUACCAAAUGCUCUUUGAUUUGGAAAAACAACAUUAUGUGUGAUCAUGCUGUCUAAAAUUUCAAUUUUAAAAACUGCUCCAUAACAAAACAAAACAAAACAAAACAAUGCCUCUUUUUCUUUUUGAUGUUUCCUCUCUGUCUCUUCUGUUUUAGGGUACAGGUAGAGUUCUAUGUGAACGAAAACACCUUUAAGGAGCGUCUGAAGCUUUUCUUCAUCAAAAACCAAAGAUCAAGUAAGUGCGAGCCAUCUCCUUACUAAUCUGAGAUUUAUCUGUUUGGUGCAUGAAAGAGUCCAUUAAAGGAUAACACAAUGAAGCAGUCUCUAUUAUCUGUGCCUAAUGAGGCGAGGAAGUGGUAGGAAAACAAAGCAGUUCUGGGGAAUCACAUCAGUUUCUAUUAAGCCACUAUGGGUUGAAGGGUAAUAACACUUAGCUUUACUUAUUGUAACACGACUCAGAUGCAUUAAUGUCUCUUGUAAAUAAAGUAUGAUCUUCUUGGCUAUAAAUUAAACUGUAGCAUUUGUGUAGUAAAAGGUUGUCUCCUUUGCUUUUAGGUCUGAGGAUCCGUGUCUUCAACUUCUGCCUGAAGCUGCUUACCUGUCUGCUCUACAUCAUUAGGGUGGUGACUGAUAACCCAACACAUAUCGCAGGACCGCAAACUGCUCCCAGCGGCAAAUGGUUUGUUCACAGGAAGGGAAAAAGUGACACGUUGAAUCAAGAUGCUUUUACGCUUUUCUUCAGGAAAAGUAGCAUACACAGCAAGUUAAAGGAAAAUGCAAAAAAGGAUAUGCGAGUAUUAGCAACAAAAUACCGGAAGAUGAGAAAGUUGAUCAUAAUUUUGCUUAUUUGAAAAAAAUUAUGACCCAAACAUUAAAGCUGGUUUCACAUUUGACUCCCCAGCUUCAUUAAAGGUCCUUUGAGGAACUUUCGGUUUGUCUGUUUUGGCACCCCCCUGCGGAAGAAUUAAUCUUACUUAUUUUGUUUUCUAGAUGCUAAAGUAACGUAAUUCAACAAAAAAAUCUAAGUCUGUGACCUUUGACACCCAAAUGCAUUGUUUUUCUCAAUACUGUAUUUUUUUUUCUUUUAGUUGGUACAAAUGUGAUAGCUUUCAAUAACAAAAUUGUUCUGUAUGAGACUGUGUGGGCAGCUGUUUUAGUGAUAUCACUAUGUAAAGAAUCCAUACCAUACCAUAUCCUAAUGAAAUUAGUGUUAAACAUCUAAUACAAGAACAUUGUUUGUGAAAUCUCAUAAAAAAUGUUAUGACUACACUUGUUUUUCUCUUAUUUAUUGCUAUUUCUGUAGUUUUGACACCCAGUGGAACGGAUCAGUGCAGGACAGAGAAAUUAACUGGUAAGUUACUUCAAUAUAUUUCUGGAGAAAAUGAAUAGAAAACUAUUCUGUAGCCCUCUGUAUCAGCAAUAUUUGUUCUAAUUCACCAUUAUAGCUCUCUGUAUGAUAUCUCAUAAUUUCAAACACCCACAUUUUGUUAUACUGCGACAUGAGUCUGCAGUUUUAAUUAGUUUGAUUAGAGCGAUAAUAAUGUUUACGUCUCUCCCCCUGUUCAAACUCAUUUAAAGUUAUAAAACCAGACCUAUAUAUGAGUCUUGCUGUACCCCUCAGUGUCAGCUUUCAAACUUCACUUUCUCUAUGACACAGUGUGAGAUAUUUCUAAGAUGUAUUUCCCACCGUUACUCAGAGUGUUGUGUGCUCUGUGUGACAGGGGGUUGAUCUUCUGGGUGGAGAGAAAGCUUCCUGUCUGGGCCAUUCAAGUGAGUCACAGGAGAGAAAAAACAUUAAUCAAAACUUUUAAAAACUUCAGUAAGUUCAGUGUGCAAGAUGAUUUUCUCCUGUCAACAAACCUGUGGCCUUUGCUCACGAGUUGAAAUGAACAUGACUUAGUGUUUUUUGUUUGAACAGGUGAUUGUCGCCAUCAUCAGUUUCCUGGAGACGAUGCUACUGAUGUAUCUGAGCUACAAGGUAAGACAAAAAAAACACACACACAUAGCAGUGGGAUUACUGUCAUACAGUCAGGCACAAUUAGCCACUUACAGUCUGAGAGAUUGACAGCUCAUAAGUGGCGUAAUUAGCCAAAGUCAUUUGUCAAGGCUACAUUAAGGACAGAUGGUAAUUACAGGAUCUGGUGGAGGCGAAGGAUUAAGUGGUCGAUAGAAGUGACAGACUACAAUUAAGAAGUGCGUCUCAGUAUGACUCACCGUCUAUUGUGCGCUUACAGGUAAAACUGUUAAAGUGUUUUUCAUUUCAGGGGAACAUUUGGGAGCAGAUUUUCCAGGUGUCUUUUCUUCUGGAGAUGAUCAACACUGUCCCCUUCAUCAUCACGGUAAAGCUGUCUUUAUCGUGACAAUACUGCAGUCCGUGGAUCUUUAUUUUCUCCCACUAUGAGAGUCAUGCUCUGAUUUAUGAGGAAAUAUGAGUUUGAUUCUCACAGAUGCUGAAAACCUAGCUGCAGUACAUAUUUCCGCUUUGUUUUAGGUUGUCAUGUAGUUAACGGCUGUGAUCCAGGCUGAAACUUAUAAACCAUGACUGCAGAGAAGUUGCAAACAAUUUUUAUUGGUUGUUCUUAUCAAAUUAACUUUUAUUUUCAUAGGUAUAACAAAAGCCUGGACAGCUGAUAAUUAUCAGACUGAUAUGCUGUUUAUCAUGCAACUCUCUCUGUAUAUCCCAUUAGCACGACAUGUUAGCCAAAUUAGAAUCGUUAGUGGUGGUUACCAUCUUGGUAGACUGUAGGUUUCACAAUAGUCUCAGUAGCUUUGUGUAAAUUCCUUAAAAAGUCAGAAUUUUUCUGUUAAAAACCUAACAAAACAAAAAAACUACAUUAUCAUAAGUUUCAGCUGUUCUUGGUGGGAGGAGUAGUCAAACUGCGAGCUAACAUGAUAAACACAGCUACAUUUAGCCUCAACAUCAGCCUGCCAGGAUUGUAGCAUGUAACAGUAACUUGCUAGCAUGAAACUGCUGUUUUUUACGAAAGAGGAUUAGGGCCACAAGAAGAGAAAAAAAUAAAAACUGAAGAGAGAUUUUUUUUUAUUUCCAGUUUGAGAUUAAAGUUGAAAUUUCAAGAUUCAAGUCAAAAUAUAAAAAAGUCAAAAUUUCGAGUAUUCAUGUUGACUUAAAUCUCGAAAUGGCAUCUUUAAUGUCAAAAUUUUAAUUUUUUUUUAAUCUCGAAAUUUUGACAUUAUUCACGACAUUUCGUGAUUUUGAAAUCUCGAAAUGUCAACUUAGAUGUUAAGAUUUCAAUUUUUAAUCUCAAAAUGUUGACUUUUUUAUUUACAUAGUUUUGCUUUUUUAAUACUGAAAUUUCAAUGUUAAUCUCGUAAUUUUAAUGUAUUUAUUUUAGAAAUUAUUCACAACAUUUUGUCAUUUUGAAAUCUCAAAAUUUCAACUUAAAUCUUAAAAUUUCAAUUUUUAAUCUCAAAAUUUCAACUUUUUGACACUAUUUUGAUUUUUUAAUCCUGAAAUUUCAACUUUAAUCCCGAAAUUUCGACUUUAAUCUCCUUCCUGUAAUUAUUUUUUUCCUCUUCAUGUGGCCCUAAUCCUCUUUCGUACUUUUCCAAUCUUGUGGAGCUACUAGCUUAGUUUUUGCAUCUCUUCUUAAUCACCAUAAAAUGUUAGCCUCUGAGAAAAGCUGCCGUUAAAACUGGGGAAGCAGCCUCAGAAAACUAAACAGUAUUAAUGACUAGUAACUGAAAAGCUAACCCUGCUCCAUAGCGACCUUUUUUAAACUGUUACAUCAGAGGAACAGGAAAAGUGACUUAAAACAGCACGUACAGUUUCCUUGUUAAUGUUUAUUUUUCAGGUUCACAGUGUUACCUGUUACGAAAUAAAGCGUCUUGUUGUUUCUUCAGAUUUUUUGGCCCUCAAUAAGGAACAUCUUCAUUCCUGUGUUUCUCAACUGCUGGCUGGCCAAGUGUGCCCUGGAGAACAUGAUCGUGAGUCAAAGCUGUUAGCUUAAUUGUUUCCGUUAAUGAACUGUUUUUAAUCAACAUGUUAACAACUUUGUUAAGAUCGGGCGCUGUGAGUCACUCCACAGUCGGUCAGUUCACAGCUGGUCUGUACCGCAACCACGUAGUUUCACUGAUUUAAACAGGCCUUGACGCUCAGACUCCUGUACCGCGGCUGUAAUAACACAUCUUUUUCACAUCUUUGUUUCUGCUCUCGCCGUGUGCUCUCUGAAGGGGUUCCCACUGGGUGCGAAAUCCUGCAGCAGUUUAUCACGCUGAUUUCAUGCUGUUUAACUGUAUCCUGCAGCAAAAAGCUUUAAAGGAUUGAGCCAUUAAGACAUCUCCGUUUGCAAUAAAGGGCUAAACUAAUUAUGCACGUGGAGUUUUCACUUUCAGAUAUUAAAGUGUGCCAUUGUUGUUGAUACUGUUGAGUAGAACGAUGUCCACAGAGCGAUCCAGAGGACCAACUCGGCUAUGUUCAACCAGGUCCUCAUUCUUAUCUGCACCCUGCUGUGCCUGGUCUUCACAGGGUGAGGCUGCUUUCUAAUAGUUUUCAAUAAGCGGUGUUGAAUAUGUAUUAUUGAUUCAUGAGAUUCUGUAACACAAAAGGAUCACCAGAUAGAUUAUAGGUCCUUAUUUUGCUGUUUUCACACAAUGAAUGCCACCAUAGAGUUUAUUUGUGAUGUUUGAUUAUGAUAUGUUUUAUGCAGCACUUGUGGAAUCCAGCACCUGGAGCGAGCAGGUAAAAACCUCUCCCUCUUUAACUCUUUCUACUUCUGCAUCGUAACCUUCUCCACCGUGGGCUUCGGAGACGUCACUCCCCGCAUAUGGCCAUCCCAGCUGCUGGUAGUCAUCAUGAUCUGCGUGGCUCUGGUGGUGUUGCCACUGCAGGUAGGACUACAUGUCAGGUGAUCUUCAGUAAGCUUCUCUUUUGCCUCGUAGUUUGACUCAGAUUGUCGUUUUUUCAGUUUGAGGAGCUGAUCUACCUGUGGAUGGAGAGACAGAAGUCUGGAGGGAAUUACAGCCGCCACAGAGCACAGACAGAAAAGCAUGUAGUGCUGUGUGUCAGCUCCCUAAAAAUAGACCUUCUUAUGGAUUUUCUUAAUGAAUUCUACGCCCAUCCCAGACUUCAGGUACCAAACACAAAAGCAGUAUUUCUGCGUCUUACAGAACAUGCAGAUUUCAGCACAAAGUAAUGGUUCGUGUGUUGCUCUUCAAAGGAUAAAACCCUCAUUUGGAGGCAUCAUCUUUUUCUGCUUACUCAAAGUGUUUUUGUGUAAUCUUACAGGAUUACUAUGUGGUGAUCCUGUGCCCGACUGAAAUGGACCUCCAGGUGCGAAGAGUGCUGCAGAUCCCUCUGUGGUCUCAGAGAGUCAUCUAUCUGCAAGGAUCAGUCCUCAAAGAUCAGGAUCUGCUGAGAGCAAAGUAAGGGUUACACAUCUGAAGCUGUGAUUAUACACGCUACAGGCUUGUGUAGUCCAGUACCAAACACUGACUGCAUGAUACAUGGAUGUGGUCUCUGUGACGUCAAAGUGGAGUUUUGAAGCCAAUCAGAAGCAGUCAUGGUGUCAAAAGAACACAGGCCAGCUUUUGGGUGAUCUAAUUACAACUACCAAACUCAUAACCUUAAUAUCUUUUAAAUGAAUGCAUCAUUAAAAAAAUUGUCCAACCAACUUUUUUGUAAACAUAUUUAUUUUUGCUGUAAAUAUGUGCUUUUGCAGCCAGCCUCUAGUGGACAUUCAAGGAACUGCAUUUUUUUUUCUUUUUUGCACCUUUGCAUUGGCUUUAUUUCUCAAGACCUGAAGUUGCUGCUUGGGACCAACGCAGAAGCCUACAUGUGCAGCGAGAAUCGCACCUCAUCAACUUAUCUAAAUUUAAUUUAACUUCACUCAUAGAAACAGUGCAGACAUCUUGUAUUUGGUUUGCUGGGUAGGGAUGGGAAUCGAGAACCGGUUCUUGUUGAGAACCAGUUCCAAAUGGUUCAAUCCAUCGACAUCGUUUACAUUUUAUCUUAAUAAUCCCCUUAAUGAUUCCUUUCUUCCGAUCGUCAGCCGCUGCUGCUCCGUCCCAGCAACGGCAUGGAAGGUACGCAUGUCCUGUGUUGACAUAAGCACAGUGCAUGCCAGACUUGGACUAACUGAGUUAGACGCGCAUCAAUAACACUCGACUCAACCCAAAAAAACCCUCAAAAUUUUGCAUGGGACCGCUUAGUAAUGACCUCUUUUUGGGGAUCCAGAAUAUGGUCAUCCUAAUUUGACUUAAUACUGACCAAAUAAACGCUAUAGAAAUAAUUUUUUACAAAUACUGUUAUCAGAGACCCAAUACAAUUUUGAGUUAAUGGUGAAAACCUAUUGUCUACUUUUUUUUAAAUCAAAGAAAGGCAUUAAAAAAUGGAAUCGUGAAAGAAUUGAAUUGAUAAGCAGAAUCGAUAAUGGCAUUGAUAUCAAUAAAAUCUUGUCAAUUCCCAUCCCUACCGCUGGGUUGCUUUGCAUUUCUGUUGUAGCUGCUAUUUUCAAUGCUCAGUCCUCUCCUAUGUCUUCUUUCUUUACAACUAUCAUAUGGAGCUCAACUUAUGCCCAACAUUAGCCAAAUGUAGCCAUGUAAAUUAAGUAACAUGUACGGACUUUGUCCACAGGGGGCGCCAAAAUCAACACCAAUGGAAAGCACCCUAUAUGAGUUCAUUCUUGUUGCUGAGCUGCUAAAUUCUUUAGUUGGAAAUAGGGCCCGACCGAUAUGGAUUUUUUUGGGGCUGAUGCCGAUACAGGUUUUUUUUUUUUGGGGGGGGGGGUCCGAUUACCGAUUUCAAAUUUUUUUAAGGAAGUUAUAAAAAAAAAUAUAUAUAUAUAUAUAUAUAUAUAUAUAUAUAUAUAUAUAUAUAUAUAUAUAUAUAUAUAUAUAUAUACUGUAGAUAUCUACAGUAUACUAUAUGCUGUAGGCUCUUCACGGAAUCGUGAAGACUCAUGUCUUUACUCACUUUACUCAUUUCCGGUUCGGUCUCAUCUGGAGACAAACAGCUGCCUCAGUAAGAGAAGUAGCUCAAUCAUGUAAUGUGUACUGUUGUUUAUUCUACCGUUACUAGCAUGGCUAACAUUGUAGUAAGGCUAAGAGCAGGUGGCUAACUCUAACUUUAGCUUGCAUAUUACAUGGUGAUUCACCGUUUACUCUGUGUGACCGAGACUAGCACAGCGGGGAACAUCGAAAUGCGGGGAACAUGAACUGAAACUUGUUGACUUAUUGUGUAUUUCACAAACUGGUUUAUUUACCGUUGAGGCGGACCAUUCUCCUCCGUGUGUCCCUGAGCUGCCUGCUUUAGAUCCAUCACUCUGCUGUGCCGUGAGGUAGUUGGUGGAUGAAAAUUGUCAUGAGGUCGCUGCGCCAUCUACAGGAUAAGUCAGGGGACUUUCAAAUUGAUGGAACAUUUUCGAAGUGAAACCAAAUCUUAUUCUUCGCAUUUUAUUUCUGAAAAUAACGGUGAAAAUCAGUGAGUUUUGGCCAAUUACCGAUUAGUCUCAAACGGGCUAAAAUUGUCCGAUUUAAUCUGCUUACCAAUAAAUCGAUUGUGCACUAGUUGGAAAUCAGUGUAUUCCAUCGUUCAGAUCCAGCUGUUCAGAGGAAUUACACUGAUCUGUGUGAUUGCGUAAAUCGCUUAUCUUAAAGGUGAAACAAAUCAGCAAAUUUUGGCUUAUUUUCAUCACUAAUAAGACUUCUGAGGGGAUGAUUAGUAGAUCUUGGUGACCUUAUUCAUAGGGUGGUGAAAUUUUUAGUUCCUCAUCCUUUAAGAAAAUAAUCGUAUGGCUUCAUUGAUUUUAAUGAUGCGCACUCUCCUGCACAGGCUGUAGAGCUGUGUCUCAUAUCAAACUGUCUUAAAUAAAUACUUACUUUUUAGACUUUUAAUGAACAAUGAAUCUCUUCAAAUCAUCAAUAGGAUAUUAAUCUCCGUUGUCCUCCCGUUCCCUAAAGUCACCCCAAUAUUCUCUCUUUCCUCUCGUAACAAAUAGGCUUGUCAGAGCUUUUGUGUCGCCUCACAGUUACACAACAUUGUAAUUAUUCAUUCAAGCCACCGUUUCUUUUGAAACCCAGCUGGUAAAUGGACCCUUUUCUCCGAGGGUUUUUAUUUUAAGUGUUAUGAAUGAGAUUAUGAGGCAAAAUGUAACAGGGAUGAAAGGACUAAGAAAAUGGCUGUCAGUCUGUUUGUCAGGUUUAUUGAUGAAGCCUUCAUCGCAUGUUUGACUUAAAGUACUUCACAGGGACAUACCCGAACUUGAAGGCUAAAUUUGAGUUAUUUUGUAUACACAUUUUGGAUAAGGGUUAGGGUUAGUGAAGUAACGGUGUCGCUUUAAUGUCUCCUCUAGGUCAUUUUAGAGCGGAUUCUAUAUUUCGGAAGUCUGUCUCAUACGUCUGUUGUGUGUGCAGUCAUUGCCAUGGUUGCAUUUCCUGCUUUUAAAGGCUUGCUUCCUACGUGGCAGUGAACACACACACAUGAGGAUUGUAGAUAUUGAACAUGUUUGAUAUUUAUGAUUCCCAGCUGAGGAGGCUCUGAUUGUCCCCUGUGUGGAUCAGCUGGUAGAAUAUUCACGCCUAACACCCCUCACAUCACAGAAUAAUCUGAGAAGAUCAUCACUAGAACCAAGCGACAAUCUGGCCUUUCCUCUCUUUUUUAAAAAAAAGGGGAAUUGGUCCCAAAGUUGCAUGAUUACUUUGUAGUGUGUGCCCUGCUUAAGUUAGAUCAAAGGUGAUCUGUGAUAUACGGUGGCCCUGAGGUCCAAAACACGACAGCAAAUCAGAAAACAACACAAGAAGAGAAAACACAGUGGUUAAUGUUGUUGUGUUUUCUGAUUUGCCGUUGUGUUUCGCACCUCAGGGCCACCGUAGUGAUAAUUUAUGUGAUAAUUUUAGAAAAACAGUGUCAUUUCUGUCGUUAGAUUAUUAUGCUAGAUAGAAGCUGCCACCUUUGUUUCGGUCUAUCAAUGAAUCUGUGGUUGUAUUUGUGAUCAGCUGACCAGUUGAGGCCCAAUCAGAAGCAAGGCUUUGUCCCAGCAGAGCAGUGGAUGGAUAGAUUAGAUCAGGGCAUGAUUAGCAGGAUUGAUAAUGGCAUUAGUAUCAACCUACUGACAAAGUUAUAAAGUGUUGAUUUGCAAUAUUUCUCUUUUUUUUGGUUCGAUUUGUUUUAAGAGUUGCACCUUUUUUUUUCUAAAGGCAGCACUUGUUUCAGCUUUUUAAACCACGUUUUCUUCUGCAGUGUCUAUGCUGGAGUAUUUUUUUUUUUUUUUCGUUUUUUUUUUUUUUUUACUUUUGCAUGAGAUUUUGAAUUUGCAGCAUUUGAAUCAAUAACAGUUGUGUUGUGAAGCCUCAUCAUAGGAUAAGAAAAACUGUAAAUCAAACAGCAAAGUCUAACUUACAUGAAAUCACUUAUAUAACUCGACUGUAAACAUUUGGCAGGUUUGUGAUGGAGCCAUCAGAAUUAGAGGACUGGGUGUGUGUGUGUGUCGAGCUUACAUCCUGCAUCUGGCACCAUAUCAAGUCCACCCACGCUUGUUUUGCAUCCUGCACUCUCCUGGCUGUGUUAAUCAUAUGCAGAAUUGCUUCCACACUCACGGCACAUAUACAGGACAGUGCAUUUCAAGUUAACUGUGUGUUUGUCUGAGAGCACGCAGGACUGUUUUAAAUACUGAAUGAAAUUACGGAUCUCUGAACUCCUCUUAAAGGUCUUCUUUUGAUCGGCAGAUUCUUAUUUAGCUCAGUUUGAAUUCUUUUCAUUUGAAAGUUUCUUAUGUUUUUAAUUUGAUAAGACUUAGUCUUGAUAUUUGUUACCUUAUUUCACUGCUGCAGGAUGGAUGAUGCUGAAGCUUGUUUUAUUCUGAGCAGUCGUAAUGAAGUGGAUCGUAUGGCUGCGGUAGGAACAUCAGCAGCUUUUGUUUUUGAACUCUUAACUGUGAUGAGUUUUCAUUUUGUUGUUUACCCAAACAUAAGUCAUUAAUGCUGUCAGUUAUAAACAAUCAGUCAUUAAUUAAAGGGGAUUAAUUUGGAAAUGAAAAAGUAUAAAUAUGUUGUUUUUAAAUGUUUCCCCUCAGGACCACCAAACCAUCCUGAGGGCCUGGGCAGUGAAGGAUUUUGCUCCAAAUUGUCCACUUUAUGUCCAGAUACUCAAACCUGAAAAUAAGUUCCAUGUAAAAUUUGCAGGUGAGAGUUUUGACCUAUCAUUAAAAUGUGUAUCUACUCCCAAGAUAAGGUUAGAAAACUCUGAUAUCUGUGCAGAAACACUACUGAGGCGAGCUGCCAUAGAUGGAGUAUGGAUUACAUUAACCAACCCUAGAAUAAUCAUCUCUGUCUCUGAAAUUACAUUCAGCUCUUCAUCAGAGUUUAACUGCAUCCUUGAGCUUCUUGCAAGGCCACUGUUACUGUAAUCUUGUUUUAGGUUAGACUGCCAAAGUUAGUGGAGAAUUGUGAAGCUAAAGAGUCUGGCAUCUACCUUAGAGGUCUGUGAAACUAAAACAGACUUUAAAGGAGGAGUGAAUACCAAAAUUAGAUUCUCCAUGUUGGUGGAAACAUGGCUCUAAAGGAAGCUUGAGCUGUUUUGUAUAUGAUGCACAUGUGAACAUCAGAGGUGACAUUGAGUUAGCAAAGAAAUCCCACACGCAUGUGGGUGUACAAGUUUGAUGAUUUAAAUUGUCUCUAAAGAAAUUUUGGGGUGAAAUUCAGUAAACACAUUCUUGGGGUUCCCAGUGGCUGUAAAGUGUUAAGAGCUGAUACUAGAUAUAACAUUUGUGAAUAGUAAAAUAAAAUUCUCUGUGGCUGCUGAAAUAUUUGGCAGUAAAGAAAAGCCCUGAGAAGCCUGGUCUUAAAUUUUUGUCCUUCAAAAAUGUCCCUACUGAUGAACUGACAUCUUUUACUGUAAAAAUUUCAGCAGAUUAUUAUUUUUGCUGAUUAUUCGUGUGACAAAUAUGGCACUCCUUUUCACAAACCAAAAGCAGAAAUAAGAACAAAAAGAAAAUGAAAACAUGCAAGUUAAAAAAAAACUGCCUUUAGACUAGAAAAGUAUGCAAAGAUAAACAUUAUUGGGAGGCUUGUAAGAUGUGCCAAAAAGAUUGUGAACUACACCUACACCACACCUAUGUCAACUUCUGUUUGCUCUGCUGUGGAGCAAAAUGACAAAUUUCUCCCUUUUGGGUUUCAAAAGGUGUAGAACUGCUGCACACUGACCAAAUGUCAGAUUUAUACAGAGGUGUUGCAAAUAAAUAUAGUUCAUAUUGUCUAUAUUGCAGCUGUCAUUGUCACCUGGGCCACCUUAGUGAAAAAGUCUAGACACACCCUUGCUGUCCAGUCAUUUUUGUUCAGUAAGAUAAGAUACCAAACAGCUGUUCAAAAAAAUUGAUGGACAAAAGUGUCCCUAAGGAGCCCAAUCUCUUAAUAUUUCUUGCACAAAAAGUUGCUUUUGGCUCCCAGUGACUGUAAAAAUCUGGUGGCUUAAAGCUUGCCCAGUGUGUUACCCAGUGUGUUGCAGACAAUGGUGUUGCUGAGGUGUCAAGAGGCUUUUAAAGGUUUGGCUGACAAACCCUAAAAUCUGGCUUUAGCCAUCUGUUGCAUUUGUUCCAGAGGAAAAAAGCAAAUUCAGUCCUAAGUUUAUCCUGAUAGUGCAGCUCUGAGACUUGGAAUCAGGCUCAGAUUUUUCAAUAGAUUUAUAUCCUCAUCUACAUCUCUGCACAUUAAGUGUAUUUAAAAAAAAAUUGACUCUUUUAUUUCACUAUACUCGCCUCUAAUGUCUAUCAGUAGUACUUUAACUUCAGCAGUUCUUCUCAUCGUGUUAUUUUCUCCUCUUCAGAUCAUGUCGUGUGUGAGGAGGAGUUCAAAUAUGCCAUGCUGGCUCUCAACUGUGUGUGUCCAGCCACCUCCACCCUGGUCACUCUCCUCGUGCACACCUCACGUGGACGGUCAGUCUUUGAAUCUUCGGCUUAUUGUGUUCUUCUUUGUGUGGUUCAAAGUUCAAACUCUUGAUUUUUACUUUUUUAUACAUUUUUUCUAAAGAACUGGUUCACAAAGAUUGCCAAAGCCAGGGCAGAAAGUCUCUGCUUUUUGUUGGAAACUGCAGGGAGUAAAAGAGAGUGCAUUAAACUUACAAAAUAGGAAUUUGGGUCUGUGUUCUCUGUAAAACAGUGUGAAAAGCUCUGUGGAGGGAAAUGAUUUCUCACAGCAUGGUGAGUGUCACUUUUAGAAGCCGAUGUCAAUGGCUCUGGGAAACCACAUUAAGAAGCAAUCAAUAGGUUUUACCACUUACUGUGUUCUAGACAACACUCAAGAGGGUGAAACUUUAAGAUCCUUUAUGUGACGGGGUCGUACACGCUUUGAGAAUUUACAUGCUAGCUGAAUCCCAUAAAACCAGAGCACUUAAGAAAUCACUAAAAUAGGCAAAUGACAGACAAAUCUGUUAGUUUCCAUCAGAGAGCCCAGGAGACCCAGUGAGACCUUGAGGAUCUGGAAGGGUUGGGUAGGAACAGAUGUAGACGUUUCACAUGUCGAUAAGGGUCGUUUCUGAACAACUAUUUCUGAAAAUUAAUGUUUUGCUGCCCAGAGAGUUUUUCAGCUACCUGGACGUGAUUGCAUGUCCAAAAUUUGGUUUAUUGAUGUGUCAGAAUUGAUUGUAUUUUCCCUGAAUGAUUGCAGAGAAGGACAACAGUCCCCUGAGCAGUGGCAGAGGCAGUACGGAUGUUGCUCCGGCAACGAGGUCUACCACAUCCGAGUGUGUGACAGCAAGUUCUUUGGAGAGUAUAAUGGCAAAAGCUUCACGUACGCCUCCUUUCAUGCUCACAAGAAGUGAGUUGACAUGUAAGCUAAAGCAUCUCUUUCAGAUGCUGACAAGUUGAAAAUUAAUAAAACUUUGGCAGGGGUUAUAAUGCAUUUCCCUUUCCUUUAUUUUCAUGUAUUCAUACUAAAAAAAAAAAAAAGCCUGAUUUGUGGCAUUUUAUGGAGAAAUAUCUUAAACUUCUUGGCGUACCACUUUGAAUUCUUUUAAGAUUAGAGGCCUAAAACAAAUAAAUUUAUGAGUUUUAGAUACACUGGCAGGAGGUAGACUGUCACUGUAUGGAAAGCCAAAUGUGCCAUAAUUUUGGGUCAUUCCCAGCUGUCUUGCUCGUUGAAAUUUUUAGGCUAAUCUGAUGACAAGUGGAGCAGUGGUAGAGGAGGCACGUGUUCAACCCAGUAUGGCUGCCUUUUUUGCGGCUGGCCCCUUGCUAGAGGCUCGUAAAAAAGCCAUCACUGAUAGGAUUGCAAAAUUUCGAGUGUUAUCUGAACAUUUGCACUUAAUGUUCAAUAUUCGUUCAAAUUUCAUUUUUUGAAAAACUAACAGCUCUAGCACUCGUAAAGCAGGCUGGAUAAAGGAAAAGAGGACUGGUCUGGAACACUUUUUUUCUGGUAACACUUUACAAUAACCAUGAUUUAUAAAUGGUAAAUAGAUAGUUUGUUAAUGUUUAAUCAUCAUUAAAAAACAGCAUAUAGACCAGUUAUAAAUGGCAAUGUUUAUUAAUGUAAGUUAACAGUUACUUAACUAUUAACAAGCAAUGAAAUUAUGAUUAAUAAUUUUCAUUAAUUAUUAAUGGACUAUUUAUUAAAGGUUUUCUAUAGGGUUUAAAUAUUGGUUGUAAAACAUCUAGAUUAAAAUGCGUGUCAGUAGCACUUUGUAAAUGGUUAAUAUUUAGUUUUUAAACCAUCUAUAACAAUUAUUUAGAUGGUUAUUGUAAAGUUGCAACUGAUGUUUGUAAUACUUAGUAAAUGAUUAAUAAGUGGUUUAUAAACUAUCUAUAAACAUUACUAAGAUGUUAUUGUACAGUUAGGGUUAGGGUCAGGUUUUUAAAAUUGUAAAAUUUACAAUUUAAUACUGGUCGAUAUGCUAUUUAUAAAUGAUGAUUAAACAUUAAUAAACUGUCUGCUUACUAUUUAUAAAUGGUCUAUUUACCAUUUAUAAAUUAUGGUUAUUGUAAAGUGUUACCCUUUUUCCUCCCUUUUAAGGUUUCUAUCGUGCAUUUAAAGAAAACUAUAGUAUACUAAUAUGAACCAUGUGGGAUGCUGAUUUGGCUUUCACUAUGAAGACUGAGCUCAACUACUGUGCAGUUAGCUAGCAGGUGAAAACAGAUUGUGUUAGGAAGAGCUACAUAGUCGUAUUAAAACUGCACAUCCAAAAGUUGUGAAAUAAUUGUGAGACUCAUAUUCUGUAUAUUACAGUAACUCUAUAAAGAGCUAAAAUGGCAAAGUUCUAUGUUUAAAUAAUGGCAGAUGAUAAGAAAAAUUUGUAGUUAAAAUCUAUAAAUAGGCGCUGAAUAAUGACACAUUUGUCUUUCCAUACAAGGCUAGCAGCUUUUGCGUGAGUACUUUAAAGUUAAUGAAUAAAAUGUCUAAUAAUCCUUUAAACCCUGAAGUUCUUACCUGUUUAGUCUUGUUAAUCUUCAGGCUCUGCUGUCAUAGGGUUCACAGUAUCUCAGUUAUUAGAUUCUAACAGCAGAUAUGUAUCAUGCAGGUACGGCGUGUGUCUGAUCGGCAUAAAGAGGGAAGAAAAUAAAAGCAUUUUACUGAACCCCGGCCCGCGUCACAUCAUGGCUGCCACUGACACUUGUUACUACAUCAACAUCACCAAAGAGGAGAACUCUGCCUUCAUCUUCAACCAGGAGGAGAGGAAGGGCCGCACCGUGGGGGGGCUCUUUGAGGGACCCUCACAGCUUCCUGUGCACAGCAUCCUCGCCAGCAUGGGUGAGAGAGGACAAAGAGUGAUGAAUACACUCUUCCUGGUGAUAAAUUGGGCUGCUCAAACUCUGAUUUAUAAUGUACGAAUUAGAGGUUUGUUAUUUUCAAUUUCAGGCACUGUGGCGAUCGAUCUUCAGAACACGAGUCCACCUGAUUCCUCAGGUGGGAAACUGGUCCCCCCUACAGUGAAUGGGACAGGGGGCCGCCGGCCAAGCAUUGCUCCAGUUCAGGAGAUUGCGGAUUCCUCCUCCAUUCUGCCAUGUGACCUCCUCGGUGACCAAUCAGAGGAUGACUCAGUGUUUACAGAUGAGAAGGGACACUCAUCCACAGAGUAAGAUUCUCUGUCACAUGCAAUUAAAUUAUAGAUAAAAUGUUGAUACUUAUGUAUUUUUCACUUCACUUUGGUCCGUGUAUUAUCCGUCCAUUCAAUUAUUCCAUUCAAUCUAGUAAACGAAAAAACGAGUCAAUAUUUUGUUUGUUUUUCUAUACCAAAAAAUAAAAGAUUAGUGUUUGUGUCGUAUUUUCAGUUCAAAACAGAAUAUAUAAUAGAGAUGGAAACGAAAACAAAAUAAUAAAUCUAAUUUUAAUAGUUAUUGAUGUCCCCAUUUCCCACGGUGCCUUUCUACUGUUCGCACAUGCACAUUAUGCAACAAAGUAGCCAACAACAUUGACCAAAAACUCCAGGCCAGAGCGGUAGAGAAAGGCAACCUGCUGUCAUGGAGAUGGACAGCAUCUCCAUUCUGAAGAGGAAGACAUGACUGUAGAAAAAAUUACAACCAGAGCUCUGUUACAACAUAAGAUUUUGGCACUCGAGCUGCUCUGUCGCAUCUUUCGCCAUGGUAACUGCUGAGGAAGCCCAAUGAAGCCUCCAUGCACGUAUGCCCAAAACAGGCGCACUCAAAAUCAAGAAUUGUAAAUGAGAUUGAUUAUUUUGUUUUUGUUUCCUUCUCUAUUAUAUAUUCUGUUUUGAACUGAAAAUAUGAAAACAAACACUAAUCUUUUAUUUAUACAGAAAAACAAAUAAACAAAACUUUGACUUGUUUUUUUGUUUUUCAUUUACUAGAUUGAAUGGACUAAUUGAAUGGAUGGAUAAUACAUGAACCCACUUAAAUAUUAGUGAAGCCAGUGUUUAUUUCAGUCUAAUUAUAGUGGAUGAUUUAGUCAUAAUCCUUUUUUUGUCGAUAGCUUUCAUAGUUAGGUCAUGGUUUGUCUCCAGAGAGUAAAAGUCUUAGUCAACAGAACACCUUCUGUGUUUAGUCAUCUUGGCUGAAACAGGUUUUAGCAACAGAAACUAUCUACUCACGUCACGAAACCACAUUUAUCCAAUUAUGUUUCGCUUUGUUAACUCUGAAUGGAGCAAGGCGUGCUAAUUGCUAACAGGUGUAAAGACAAGUCAUGCUGCCCUGUGGAAAAAUGCUGCCACAGCUUUAAUUGAUAGCAGUGCUGUCUUUAUAUAUGGAGAUUUAACAUUUAUUAUUGAUGGGCACAGCUGUUUUUUUAGAUGUACUGAAUCACUAGAAUCAGUUCACUAAAAAGAUUUGUUCAAAAGAUUUGUUCACCAAAUCACUGAAUCAUUUUGCGGAGAAGAAUACGACUCCGACCUCCUGAACUGAUACACAGCUGAACGUUUCAGGAUUCAGUUCAAUUCAUAGCUUCUGGGACCAGGAGACGAGAGUGUUUGGCUGUGUUGCUUUGACAAAUAGGUUUGUAAAAAUGAACUUGUUUAUAAGUCACAGUGUUUUAAGUGUACUGUACUAAGGUAUGCUAUUUAUGAGGUCUGCUCGGUAAAUUGGGGUCAUUGAGUGAUUUGUUCACUAAAUGUUUAGAGGAAUUCACACUGAACAUGCACCGUUCCCUCACAAACCACUGCAAUGAUAGGAUGCUGAGAGUUUAAUGCACUACUUGUUACAUGCUGUGUCCUAUUGCAUGUAUUGCAAAAAUGAUUCCAGAGAGUGUAGUUCAAUAUGUGAUUUGUUCACCAAGUGAUUCAGGCGUCGGUGUAUGUGGUCCCUCGUUCGCCGGCUGCUCGACUGGCAAUUCUGUUUCUCACUUCAGCUCAACUUAAGUGAGAAAUGAACGAAUCACUCGAGGAAGUGAUUCAGUUCAGUACGUUCAUGUAAAAGAUUUGGUUCUUUUGAACGAAUCGCUCGCCAACACUAACAUUUAUAUAUGUCAUCGAAACAUCACGCAUCACUUUUAUUUACUUGUGCAGACCCUAAAGUUUGCUUUGUCUUUAGGUGCCUUUGUAUUUUUGUCCAUGCUGCCUUCAUUGGGAACAAUACACUCAGUUUAUAUUCAGUAUUAUGUAACAGAAAUGUAUCCACAGCUUGUCUCCUUCCCACUUUACAGGCUCUGCUGUAAACUUUUACUGAGAUAUCCUUUUUCUUUUUUUUGAUACGCCAGCAGUGAGCAGUGUUGGGCUGGCUAGUUUUGGCGUCUUACCAUAACUAAAAAAAUCCACUGUUAAAGACAACAGGUUGCGAUUUUGUCUGGAAAGACUUCUUUCACAUGUGCAGGACAAGAGAUGAGAAGUAGCACCGUCCACAUAAGGCACCAGAACCAAAACAAACCAGAAGUUCCUCUCAGCAGCUUUAAUGUAACAUAUACACUCAUUUUAAAUUUGAUGCCUGCAACAUGUUUAAAAAAGUCGAGACGAGGACAACACAGAAAAAAAUAACGUAAAAUUUGGGAAAACUUCUUUUAAUACCGGUUUUCUUGCAUGUUAUGUUGGUUGAAUUGCACCAAGUGAAUGCUUCGUUCAUAUGUCAAGGUGGAUUUUAUUUCUAGGUUACUAUGCAUGGAUGACUCACUUCUAGCCAACAUUAAUCACUCUGUGAAUUUUGCAUUUCUUCUUUUUUCUUUCCAAAUGAUUUCAACAGCUUUAGGUUUUUGUUUUUUUUCUUGUCUUGUCUCGAGAAGAAAACCUGACAAAUCCUUGGAACACAGUAUGAUUCCAUGAGAUGUGUCACUCAUGCCUUUUGGAUUUGUUGGCAGGUACGUGAAAGGUUACCCCCCCAACUCUCCGUACAUUGGGAGCUCGCCCACCCUGUGCCAUCUGUUGGCUGAAAAAGCCCCGUUUUGCUGCCUACGACUGGACCAGGUGGGCAGUCGCUGUUCCUCCAACUUAGUCACUCAACUAUUUACUGCCUCCCCCUUCCCUCUCCUUCCCUCCUCUCUCUUGUCCUUCACUUCCUUAAAAGCAAACACAAAAUACCUGUCUCCUUUUUUUUCCUCCUUUGCAGGGAUGCAGGCACAACAGUUUCGAGGAUGCUAAGGCUUAUGGUUUUAAAAACAAGCUCAUCAUUGUGUCGGCUGAGACUGCAGGGAACGGUCUUUAUAACUUUAUUGUGCCUCUAAGAGCUUAUUACAGACCUCGGAAAGAACUCAACCCCAUUGUUUUGCUGCUGGAUAACCCGUGAGUUCACCUGAGCACACACUCAACACUUCUUUCUCCUCCCUUCACCUUUCAGUCUUUCUCAGCUCCACACUAGGAAACAUGAUGUAUGCUAAAAGCUCACGUCAGCCGAGCACUUAGGACAAGGCUGCGGAGGUGGAACUCCAUUGUCGCUCCUGAUGUGAGGUUAUUGCUCAUGGUGACGGUGUGUUUUGAGCGACAAAGAAAAUAAAAGAGCUGCACUUCGUAGCUCCAGACAGUAACCAUAGCAACUUCCUUUGCCUUGAACCUGAAUGAUAUAUGUUGCUACGAGGGGAGAAGAAGAUGAAGAAAAUGAUUUCUUUGCUGAAAAACCAAAGGAGCGUUUAUUGACAACCCUGGUGUGUCCCUCCUCUGCCCCCACAUGUGAGCGCUCAGGACUCCCAUAGAAACGCGCUCAAAACAAUAAACUCUUCCUCUCUCUCUCUCUCUCGCCCCGUGCUGCUCUCGCUCUCCCUCUGCUUUCCUAUCACUGCUGCACACACACACACACACACACACACACACACACACACACACACACACACACACACACACACACACACACACACACACACACAGAAAUACAAACAGCCCACACACUUGGAUACGCAAUUCAAGCACUUACGACAGCCUUGGGUCUCUAGUCAGCAGGACUGGGCAGAUGCAUAAAGUAAUGUUCAGUUGGGAGGGUGGGGGGGGGAUUGGAGGACGACAGCAAUAAAGCGACUGAAUGUCUCUGAGUGCGUUCAGCACCAGAUGGACUCGUGCUUCAUGCUUCAGACACACCAAGCAACAACUACGGUGCAUUUACCGUACAUCACAAAUGAGGCGUGUUUCAGCAUUGGCUCAAAGAAAUUGUUUACCUUAUUGAAGGACCAUAAAGAGAUUUGAUUUUUGAGGCUGAUACUGCCUGUAAAUCUUGAGGGAAAAGUCCUAUGAUAGCUGUUAUGGUAGCCGAUACAGUGAGGUGGAUGUAAAUGGACAUUUUAUCAGGGAUUGUGCAAAGGUCUUAACGAUAAGUCUGUGCAGCUGUACUCAGCAGGCUGCACUAGGAUGCAUGAUGUUGUUUGAGUUAUAUCAGUACUCUAAAUACCUAUAAGUACCCACUUGUACCAGCAGACAUGAAAACAUCAGCUGAUAUGCUGAUCCUGACAAUGUGAUGGGAUAAUCAGACACACAUGAUGACAGCUGACAUGUCACCGAGCUUCAGCGUGUCAGCUUUAUGUGAAUACAGUAUUUUACUGUUUUUAGAACAUGCAGCUAAACAGUUAUUUACAAUUCCCCCUCAAGAACUGACAUCCUGGUGCCUGUAAUUCUUAUGUUUACUUUUAUGAGUUUGAGUUGAUAUUGUUUAUACCCAUGUCCUCACCUGUUCUGGGACAGGGACAGUAGUUUGGUUAAAUUGUCUAAUAGUGUUAGACCCGUCGCUCAGGUUGACUGUGUAUGUAAACGCACUGAGUCAGUGACAUUUUUUACUGAUAGAAAAAUAAAAUAACGCUGCUCCUGCAUGAACAAGACAAGGUCGACAAAGAUUAAAAAUAUACUGCUUUGUCCACAGACCCAACACAAACUGAAAAUUCCUCACAGGAGCUUUAAAUGGCCUGAAUUUUCAAGGUGUCAGUAUCUGGUUAACCCCCAAGACAGCCAAUUUUUAUCAUUAGUUUAAAGGUUGUCAAUGUCCUCCAGGGAUUAUUUUCUUGUUAAUCCGGAAAGUCAGUUUCCUGCCAUACAUUUUGAAAAGUACUCCUAGAAACUCGUACGCUGACACUUUUUAUAAAUGAUAUCUCAAUAGAUAUAUCUGUCAGGCUCUGCUAAAUAGUGAAAAGAAAGAGAAAAGGCUUUUUUAAAUUUAAUGUCAUCUUGACGAGUCUUUUUUAAACUCUUAUUCUAAGCUUGUCUGAGUAAGUGAAUAAGUUUGAUAUCUGUUGAUAACUUUUGAAAAAUAAAAAUUAGAAAAAAAAAUUAAACAAAUGUUCUCCUUUUUUAUGCCAUAUGUUUCCCACAGGCCAGAUAAUCACUUUUUAGAGGCCAUCUGCUGUUUUCCCAUGGUUUACUACAUGGCAGGUGCCAUAGACAAGUAAGACCUCCUUUUUUUCCUCCUUAUCUUAUAACAUGUUACUUUGGCUCUCUUAUUCAAAUACACUUGUAGAGAAGUUUUUGCUUCUCUUUAGAUGUAAAUGGAUGUUCAGCGUGUUCCAGAGAAGUUGUAUUCUGUUGUUUUUUGCUCAUCAUGUGUCUUUGUGUGUGUGUAUUUCAGCCUGGACAGCCUGCUGCAGUGUGGCAUUAUCUACGCUGAUAAUUUGGUUGUUGUGGAUAAAGAGAGUACAAUGAGUGCUGAGGAGGACUACAUGGCUGAUGCCAAAACUAUUGUGAACGUACAGACAAUGUUCAGGUAAUUAUUCCUAAUGACCGUUAAUUAUUCAGGACUUGCUUUUUAGACUUUGACAUCUUUUAUCCUCAAGUCCGUUUAUUCGUCUGAGGGUGCGAUUAAAAUCACGUGUCAGAUGCUGGAUUGAAAAGUCACAACAGUAACGGUCGGAUUUCAUCUCAUCCUCUGACUUUUUCCUUUUUUAAUCACGCUGUUUUUCUCUCUGGUUAAAGGUUGUUUCCCAGUCUCAGUAUCAUCACAGAGCUUACUCAUCCAUCCAACAUGAGGUUCAUGCAGUUCAGAGCGAAGGACUGCUAUUCACUGGCCCUCUCCAAGCUGGAGAAGGUAAGACAUAACAAGAGGGCUUACAGGGAAGUGAAUCAUGUGCAGGAGUUGUAAACAGAUGAUUUUUUUUCCGUUAGUUUUUACAUGCAAUCACCCUGUCCGCCAUUUCAAUCUGUUUUCUGCAAUCUCAGGAAAAGUGACAGACCUUUAAAAGCUGCUAACCCUCCUCUCCCCCACAGAAGGAGCGCGAUAAAGGCUCCAACUUGGCUUUCAUGUUUCGCCUACCUUUCGCAGCAGGCAGAGUGUUCAGCAUUAGCAUGCUGGACACCCUGCUGUAUCAGGUUGGUACACACCUACAGUUAAAAACCUCAAAUGACUCUUUUAAAUACCAGGUGAAAGAAAUGAAUUUGUCAUACAGCAGCAGCAGAGAAACAGAAACACCUGAAGAAACCGAACGACAACACAAACGUAGAGCUAAAGUGCCCUCUUGUGUUCAGGGAGUUAUCAGACACUUCAUCUUCUUUAUUUCCUGUUUUCCUCAGUCUCUCUGUUUUUUUUAAUCUGUAAGAGAAGCUGUAACAGUUUCUGUGGUUCCAUGUCAGUCUUUUGUGAAGGAUUACAUGAUCCUUAUUGCAAGACUGCUGUUGGGGCUGGACACAACUCCAGGAUCAGGAUACCUCUGUGCUGUGAGUCAUGGAUAAUAAUGAUUAAAAAAAAGAAAAACACACCAAAAGAGAAAGAAAUGAUCUGAUAUGGCUGCAUGCUCAAAUGUUUAUUUGUUGCUGCAGAUGAAAGUAACUGAAGAGGAUCUGUGGAUUGGCACGUACGGUCGACUCUUCCAGAAACUCUGCUCCUCCAGUGCUGAAAUUCCUAUCGGGAUCUACCGGACAGAAUCCCACAUUUUCUCAACUUCUGAGGUGAGAAAAUCCAAGAUGAUACAGCAAAAUGGAAAAGUGUUAAACAAAUGUUUGUAUUCUCAAGUUUGAGGUCAAAUUUCAACAGAACUACUGUUUAUAGCUAGGGAUGUCCCGAUACGAUAUUGAUAUCGGAUAUUGGUCCGAUACCAGAAAAAAAAUGAAUAUCAGAUUAUAUCGGCCUGCAUCUAAAAUCUCCGAUAUCAGCACUCCAUUACAAGCAGUCCAGUCCAGGUUUCGCUCGGGCAUCUCUAUCUAGCAGCGCAUGGAUCUAGCAUGCAGAGCCAUAGACUGUAUAUAGAAUGGACAGCGUCUGCCUCCUUGCUGGGUGAAGCCACUCUGAGAACAGCACCCUCUGUUGACGGGCUGCAGUAUAGGUCACAAAUCCCGCCUCCGCCAGCAAAGCUUAUGGGACUGUGGCAGUAUUUGUUGUUUAAGUCUAAAAAAGAUGUUGCAGAUGAGUGCAAAACUUGUCAUGCACAAUUUUGUGCCAAUACCGGAUCAAUAUUGGUAUUGGCCAAUAUUGAAGGCUACAAUAUUGGUAUCGUGUGGGAUGUAAGACAGUUGUAGCGGGACACACCAAUUUAUGACAGAAAUAUGAGCCUACAGCAUUGCUAGCUGCUUUGCUUACCUGAGGUGAAUGCUUGGGAUGUGCUCGAGAAAUCAAUUUAGUAAUUAAACUUUGACAUACUCACUUCUCAGCGCUAGAAUUACAGUGUCAAAAAAUCCUUGAUAAUUUCCUCCCUGAGAUUACCUGCUUUAAUCUGAGUUAUUGCUGUGAACCUCCUGUCCCCCUUCGCCAGUCGCAGGUUUCCGUCAGCGUUGAUGACUGCGAGGACACCAAGGAGAGUCGGGAUGAGUCUCGCAGCAAUGACCAAACCGAUCACCCUCUGCUGAGGAAGAAGAGCAUGCAGUGGGCUCGGCGCCUGAGUAAGAAAAGCGUGAGGUGGCAGGGAGUGAGCCGGGACUCCAGCAGGGACCACGCCCAGCGAAUCGCUCAACAACGCCUCAACCUGUACCGACGCUCCGAGAGGGAGGAGCUGUCUGAGCUGGUCCGAAACCGGAUGCGGCAUUUGGGACUACCCACCUCUGGAUAUGGUGAGGGUGGGCUUUCCUGAGACAGCCCACUGUUGAUGGAUUUCUUUUUUAAAGUAACAGUCUGUUUUUGCCUAAAAAUAAUCUGUUUCUCUUCGUAGAAGACCUCACUAAUCUGACAGCCUGUGAUGUGAUGAAUCGAGUCAACCUGGGAUACCUCCAGGGUGAGUGAGCGUUCAGGUCAGGUUUCUAAAAUGAGAUAAUGAAAGUUGUGGGUGAUUAUUGAUUUAUUUGAUCUUUGUGUUCUAGAUGAGCAGAAUGAUCACCAAAACACGCUGUCCUACGUCUUGAUUAACCCCGCUCCUGACACCAGACUAGAGCUCAAUGACAUUGUGUAAGAAGAACUACUUUCUAUCAAAUAAUCACAAACAUGCCUUUGUAGUCUUUCCUAGAACUUUGGUUCUACAGACUUCACAAGGGGAUCUACUGGUCUGCUUUGAGUCCACAUAUUACCGACUGUGAUACGUGAGCUACUGGUCAUGAUGAUACUGUUCCAAUUAAAUACCAGUAUUAGAGGAAUAUUCUGGCAUAAAAUUAAUUUAGGGUCAAACACACCGAGUCAGACAUCCUCUCGAGAGAUGAAUGUUGCUGACCGCUUGCUUCUCUAGUUGUACCAACUUUAGUAACGACCGCACCAUAGCAAUACACAGCGGUCUGAGGAGCCAUAAACAAGCCUUAACCAAAAAGCCACUCUAUAGCCACAAAUAAUGCUCAGAACAGCACCUAACUUCAUCAACAGUACAUAUAGGGUCCUAGCCAUAGUACUAGCCACCAAACAUCUUUUUAACUUUGCCUGAUUUCUUUAGAAAAGAGAUUAAACACAACUCACCUACUCUCUUCCAGCAGCCAUUUGUUUGUACAGAGACCUUGGGCGAGUCCAUUACCGACUGCUGUGGGGUGCCACAGCUCAAGGAAGAACAUUUAUGAUCAUUUAUUCAUGGAAAUGCAAUCAGACAGAGACGCUAACGCAGAAGAACUACCGCGUCUGUAGUGCAAAAUGAUUAAUAUGGUGAUUAUUAUUUCAAGGAAAUGAUAAAGAAAUGAUCAUAAAUGUUCUUCCUUGAGAUGCGUCCCACCGCUGUAGUCCGUAAUGGACUGGCCCAAGGUCUUCCAACAAACAAGCAGCUGCUGGAGGAGAGUGGGUAAGUUGUGUUUAGUUUCUUUGCUAAAGAAAUCAGGCAAAGUUAAAAAGAUGUUUGGUGGCUACUGCUGUGGCUGGGACCCUGUAUGUACUGUUGAUGAAGUUAGGUGCUGUUCUGAGCAUUAUCUGUUCCUAUAGAGUGGCUUUUUGGUUGAGCGCGUGGCUCUCUGUAUUGCUAUCAGCGGUCGUCACAAAAGUUGGUAUAACUAGAGAAGCAAGCGGUCGGCAACAUUCAUCUCUCGAGGGGGUUUCUAACUCUUUGUUACAGUGUGUUUGACCCUAAAUUAAUUUUAUGCCAGAAUAUUCCUUUAAAUUGAUAAUGUGAGGAUGAGACUGGAAAUUAUGUUUGGUAACAUCAAGCUUGUAUCAACUGUACCACAGUGCCAAGUGCUCAAGCAGAUGCCAGAGUUCCUUGUUUUCAUAGAGAUUUUUCUGUCAUUUCUGCCCAUUUAAUGAGAAACUACCUGGUGAACCGGCAUGCAAGCUAGGCUACAGUUUUCUACAGACAGGGGCAGAGUCCAAUGCAUAAUUUGGGAACUAAUUUUGGGAAUGACCCAAGCUCUCAUCAUGGUUCAAGUGUUCACUCUGCUGAGAAGUUCUGCAGCACUUUCCCAUCAGAAAGCCCAUUUGUUUGGCCAAAUGUUAAGUAAGCACACAUAACCUCUACUGUUCUUUCACCACCAUGCCAGAAAAGUUUUCUUCAGGAAACACUUAACAGUCUCGGCUCAGUGCAUCUUUGAGAGUGAAUAUUAUGUUUACUAGUGGGUGGCUAUGACUGGUGGAUCUGUAUGGAAAAAAAGGUUAAAAUUUGGUGCCUCAACACCAUAAAAACACUUAAGACUUGUUUACACAAGAGAACAGACCCUUGCUGUUUUGUAGCGACUUGAUUUUAACACAACAGCUUGGCUAGUGAUGCCCCUGCUAGUAUCCAUGGCGAUAGCUGUUUCCUGUUGGUGAAGAGUGGUGAGCGCACCCCUCGGGUUGCUUGUUGAUUUCUCCUCUUAAGCACAAAGUGAUUUUCGUUGCUUACAAUCUGAGCUCGGCAAAGACAAUUUAGUGAGUUCAGCUCUAUUUUAAUAAAAGAGUGAAAAUGCUGAGCUCAGAUUAGGCAGCUCCUCACAGCUCAUUAUGAUCUUCAUCUACCCCCCUCGCUCUUUCUCUCUUCUUUAGAUACUUGAUUCGUCCGGACCCUCUGGCUCACGUCCCAGAGGUGCCUCCGGUCCACAGCAGUAGCCUGAAAGAAAGACACGAGUCCAGCGUCGACUUCAGAGAGGACACUCAGCUCUGAUACUGUCCUGACCUUCUCUGGUACUCUGCGUCAUAAUCAUCCCCUUCAGCUGUCACGGGGUCUGGUUGGAUCCCACAGGUCCAGACUGAAAGAAGACGAUUUUUGCACCAAUUGUUCCAGCACGGCGGUCCACAGCUGUAUUUAUAUGAGUGCCUACUGCUUGGCAGAUGACAUUUGACAUCAUCUGUGACAUUUUGUCCUUCUGCCACAGAAUGUACUGUAUUUAAGAAAAGUUUAUUCACAUCUGUGUAAGCUUUCUCAGAUAAAGUUGUCAACAAACGACUUCAGAUAAAAAUAUGACGCGUCGCACUUUGGUAAAAGGAAACCUGAAAUUCAACAUUUGAUUGUAUAUUCUGUCCUGCUCCUUUGAGUGGUGAAUCCCUCAGGAAAAGAAAAAGUUGAAUAUUAGGAUUACAUGUUUGCAAAGGACAUGGGCCUGGGAUUUAUACAUCUUUUUAACAGUAAAACACAGAUACCCAGAGCUCAUAUUUCCCUUUUAAAUAACCUUCAGCACUACGUGACUUACAUAAAAGAUGUGUGUUAAGGCUUUACUCUAAAGUUUUUAAUUUUUUUGUAGCUGAAGUGUAGAAGUAGUAUCCAGCAGUGCAGAGAUAUAACUAGUGAUGGUAACCUGUAUGUUUGCUACAUUACAUCUAUUUAUUUGGAUGAGGUUUUGUGCAAUAGCCUAGAUCAGCCCUUUAAAGGGGCAAUGCCAUGUAUAUUUACUUGUGCCAUAAGGAUUUAUUUGAAUCAAUUUUACGAUACUAGCGGUAAGAAAAUCUCUUUUUACUUUCAGCAGCUGCUCAGUGAAAGAAUUUACAUGUUGAUUAUCAUGUGGCAGUUUGAUUAAGGUAGGUAUUUAUAAAAUACUAGAUCUUAUACAGAGGAACUUUGACUUUGUCUCUAUAUCUUAUAUAUUUAAAUGUUGGAAAUAUUUGUACUUGGCUCAGUCUAAUUUGCACAUUAAAAUGCUGUGUUAUGAAAACUG